UUUAAGGAAAAUAUAGUGUUAACUGUACCACAACUAACAGAGCAGCAAACAGAUGCCAACAUUAAUUACAAUAUUUUUUACUGACAAAACAAAAUAUUUGAAUAUUAGUACGCUAUUUUCCAGUAAAAAGCUAAUUAUGAUUAAGAAAACAAAUCGAAUGACAAGAAUACUGAAAGGUAAUAAAGUAAAACAGUAAAUAAAGAAUUAAAGAAACAUAGAGGCCACCACUUUAAUCUUUCCCUCCUUAUUACCCCAUCUUGGAUCCAUCUUCGAUUUCAACACCAACAAAAAAGCCUUAUAAUUAAAGAACCAAAAAGAAACUCUCACGUUCUCUCAAGAGCUUCUCUUUCAGUUUCAAUGGCCUUACUAACUUUCUUGCCGGAAAACGCAGAGUCUCCAAAACACACUCCACCGCCAAACAAACGCAAGAAACGCGAGAUCAAUCACACCAACCAAACGCAGAAACCACACAAACCGCAAAAGCAGAAAGCAGUAGCACCUCAGAAGCAACCGUCUUCAUGGGACCAAAUCAAGAAUCUCUUGACUUGCAAGCAAAUCGAAGGGUCAAGAAUCCACGACCCUUCCAAGAACUCUCAACCCGGUCCAUCCACAACCACUCACUUAUUAUCACCUUCCAAGCUCGGCUCGUCGUGCAGCUCCAUCUGCAGGUUUCGAGACGUGGCUCACGGCAACACUCGUGUGGUUCACAGAGCAGACCACUCUCCAGACGUAGCUAACUCGGCUACUCCUGACUCGGAGACUCGUCUUCUGACUCGGAAACCUGGUCAACACGGUUCUUCUUCAUCGUCUCGGUCUCUUAGAUAUGGCUCAACUACGUCAUCCGCAACGACGUCAUUUAGAGCCAUGCAGUUCCGUAAACUCUCCGGAUGUUACGAGUGUCACAUGAUCGUUGACCCUAGCAAGUAUCCAAUUUCGCCUAGGGUUCGUGCUUGUUCCCAGUGUGGAGAAGUUUUCCCGAAGCUUGAAAGCUUAGAGCUUCAUCAAGCGGUUCGUCACGCAGUGUCGGAGUUAGGUCCGGAAGAUUCGGGUCGAAACAUAGUGGAGAUCAUAUUCAAGUCAAGCUGGCUUAAAAAGGACAGUCCAAUCUGUAAGAUCGAACGGAUACUAAAAGUACACAACACUCAACGUACAAUCCAACGGUUCGAAGAUUGCCGAGACGCAGUGAAGGCGCGUGCACUUCAAACUACAAGAAAAGACGCUCGUUGCGCUGCAGACGGUAACGAGCUUCUCCGUUUCUACUGCACCACUCUCACUUGCUCUCUCGGAUCUCGUGGCUCGUCUUCCCUCUGCUCUAAUCUCACUAACUGCGGCGUGUGCAACGUGAUUCGCCACGGUUUCCAAGGAAAAUCCGGCGCCGGAGAAGCCAACGCAGCCGUGAGGACGACGGCGAGUAGUGGAAGAGCUGAUGAUUUGCUGAGGUGUAGCGAUGAUGCGAGGAGAGUGAUGCUUGUGUGUCGUGUGAUCGCUGGGAGUGUUAAACGUGUCGAUUCUACGGCGGCGGAGAAGAAGUCUCCCGUGGAAGAUAACUCGACGGUUGGAGUUUCUUCUACCGGCGGUGUGUUUGACUCGGUGGCGGUCAAUGCUGGAGCUUAUUCAAAUAUGGAGGAGCUGGUGGUUUAUAACCCGAGGGCUAUAUUACCUUGCUUCGUGGUUAUUUAUAAGGUUGUAGAAUCUUGAAUUUGUUAUAUUAACUUCAGAAAUAAUGCUUUUUCUGACUUUGUAAUAUUGUAGGGAGAUUAAGUUAAUCAUCAUUUAAGAUCUUAACAUAAACCCCAUCUUACUAUUAUUGACUAUUAUGAGUAAUUACGAGUCCAAGCUAAUUAUUAUCGUUGAA